CUGACAUGCUUUUUCUUCGGUCUAGUGAGUCUUCGAUUUGGCCCUCCACCGCCCUCAUACUGUAAUUUCUUCCAUCCUUGCGCAAGACCUUUUCGCCGGGCCCCGGCGCGACUUUGCCGCAUGCUCUUCUCUACUCCAACUCAUGUGAACAAAAGAGAGCUCCACCACCAUCGACGCCGCUACAACUUGCACUUCCUCCAUUCCUCCUGCUGGCUUUGCUCAGAUACGACGCUGGUAUACGCUUACCUUUGCAGACACCGUUCAGCAGCUGGUAGACGACCUUAUGUCCAUCGAGUCAUGACAGCAGCACUUUUCGCUGCUGUCUCUGUUCAAGCUGGCCAUCAUGCUAUCCCGCAUUCCCCCACAAUCCCACAAUAGCUACUCCGAGUACCACGACUAUGGCCACAGGCCCGAUAUGAUCGCUUCUCAAACUCAUCUCUCCUCCAUCCUCCAGCCGACCCCGCACUCUUACGAUGGAGAUGGUAAUCUGCAAGCCGGCCGCAAGAGGAGGGAGUCUGAAGUGGACGGGAAUGGCUCUAGUGAAUCCUCUGCGGUCCGGCGCCGAAUCAGUCGGGCUUGCGACCAGUGCAACCAACUGCGUACCAAGUGCGAUGGUAAACAGCCAUGUGCACACUGUACCGAAAAUUCUUUGGUCUGCGAGUAUGCUCGAGCUCACAAGAAACGCGGACGUGCUCCUAAAAAAGAGGCGGAAAUAAACGAAGAAUCCAACCUUACAAAUGCUCCGUCGGGCCCUAGUACCUCUGGUAUGAGGCAAGAUCUUGGUAGCAGGAAAUAUUCGAGCACAUCUUACGCAGGACCAGGUGGUCUGGUCGAUACCAACGGCUUGCCCUCCAACAACACCCCUCCGAGCGCAACAUUUGAAAGUGGCCACCAUCAGAACAGCUUCUUCGGAGCCUUCGAUCCUUCCACCGGCAUGACCAUGGCGAAUGGCGGCCAGCUUCAUGAGAUCGAUCAGUCACUGGUACCACAAAUGGCACAGACUCGCGCCAUCGAUUUUGCUGUCCCUAACCAGGCCUACGCCGCACCUACACUGGAUUCAAUGCACGUCCAAGGCACUACACAAGGCUUCGGCUUCCCGCUGGGAGAUGACUAUUCUGUAGCCUUCAUGGGCAAAGCACCCAUGGUGGAAUCACCGGACUGGUUGGCUCUGACUUCUCCCAUGUUCAUCAACGAGCCCAUGCCUGCGCAACCUCGAAUUACCGACGCACUGAGAUAUCCUGUAUUGCGUCCUCUGCUCCCACAUAUCGAGCCCAUAAUUCCUCAAGCUCUGGCAUGCGACCUAUUGGAGCAAUAUUUUACCAGUACUACUUCAGCAUAUUUACGACCCGCAAAUCCUUAUGUACUUGGCUAUAUCUUCCGCAAGAAGUCCAUCUUGCACCCCACCGAUCCGCGGCCAUGUACUCCUGCUUUGCUAGCCAGCAUGCUCUGGACUGCGGCUCAGACCAGUGACGCAGCCUUUCUAACGACCCAACUGGACGCUCGAGCGAGAAUCUGUCAGCGAUUACUGGAGCUUACAAUCAACAUGCUGAAGCCAUUGGUCCAUAGUCACCCGAACACCUCUGCGCCAACACCUAAUCCAAACUACCCGCAACUGCCGCCGAAUGAUGCAGGUCUUGGGGCUCUCGUGGUGCCAACCCAGACCAGCGGCAGUGGAGUCGACCGAGCACAGAUUGACAAUCUGGCUACCUACAUCCAUCUCGCUACAGUAGUGUCGGCAAGUGAACGCAAGGCAGCCAGUUUGAGAUGGUGGAACGCUGCAUGGUCGCUCGCCCGAGAAAUCAGACUCGGACGCGAACUUCCGCCCAAUCCGCCCGAGGAGGACGGCGAAGACAAUAAACCGACGGACGGUCAUUCGGGUGAAACUCGCAAGAACUCGAUGGAUGACAAUCGGCGGAAGCCAACAGGCUAUCUGUCCGAGGAGGCGAGGGAGGAACGACGACGGACCUGGUGGUUACUGUACAUGCAAGAUCGGCAUCUGGCCUUGUGUUAUAAUCGUCCCAUGUUCUUUCUCAACAAAGAGUGCGAAAACUUGCUGCAGCCUUUGGAUGAUGACGCCUUCCAAGCCGGAAAAUUCGACAGAACUUCUGACCCAGCGAACCGAAGACGGGGAUUGAAUAUCGAAUGCACGUCACAUAGUGUGUUUGGUUAUUUCUUACCUCUGAUGGUCAUCUUGGGAGAGAUCCUCGACCUGAACCAUGCACGCAACCGUCCUCGCUUCGGCCCCCGAGCCAAGAAAGCGAAGAACUGGGACGAUCAUACCGAGGAAAUCGUUCAGCAGCUCGAAACGUACGGGCAGAGCUUGAAGGAUUUCGAAGCAUCUGGAGGUCAUCUUCCAGAUACAAGCCAUAAUGAUGUCCUCACGCCGUCUGUGGUGUCUGCAAGUACGUCCGAGUCCCACAGUGCUUCGGAGCUGGCGUUGCAGACCAAGACGGUGGUGGCGUAUGGAACGCAUAUCAUGCACGUGUUGCAUAUUCUGUUGACGGGCAAAUGGGAUCCCAUUGCUCUGCUCGAUGACAAUGAUCUCUGGAUCUCCUCGCAGUCAUUCGUGACGGCCACUGGACAUGCGGUCAGUGCAGCCGAAGCAGUCGCCGAGAUCAUCGAGGUUGAUCCCGACCUGAGUUUCAUGCCAUUCUUCUUCGGAGUUUAUUUGCUUCAAGGGAGCUUCUUGCUUCUCUUGUUCGCAGACAAGCUGCAAGGAGAUGUCAGCCCUGAUGUGGUCAAGGCUUGUGAAACCAUCGUGCGAGCUCAUGAAGCUUGUGUCGCGACGUUGGAUACCCAGUACCAGCGAAACUUCAGGAAGGUGAUGCGGUCUGCACUGCAGCAAGUUCGUGGGCGUAUCCCGGAAGAUCUAGCUGAACAGCAACAUUGGAGGCGUGAAGUGCUUGCCUUGUACAGAUGGACAGGAGACGGUACAGGCCUUGCUUUGUGAAUUAAUGUAUAUAUGAUAUCCCACGGCACACUCGCUGGCAUGUUGAUGGAUGACUGUUACGAGGUUUAAUAACGAGGCUGGACUACAUACGAGAUCAACGAUGGCGCAUAAUUGGGCCGGAUGGAAAACCAAACGUGGUACAUAAGGCAUUUCAUGUACUGUAUCAAAAAUCGUGGAUUCGAG